AAUUCCUUAAUGUCUAGGGCAUUACAUUAAUUAUAAAUAUUAAAUGGAGAACAUUAAAUACAUAUUAAUGUUUUCGUUUUUAUUCAGCGAAUAAAGUACUUAGGUUAUGAGAUAACUUCACGUCUGUAUGAUAUUAAGGUUAUGAAGGAAUUUUGAAAACAGAAACAUGAAUUUUAUUGUACAAAAUGCAAAAGCCAGCUUCCUCACGGGGACAGAAAUAUUAACAAAUGCUGUUCGACAUGCCAGUAAGAAAACCAGUGGCAGUACUAGAAACACCAGCCCUAAGACAAGACCGAAACACAGAGGAUGGAAAGUACAAGACGGACAUAAUGUGCAAGCUGGACACAUUCUAGUCACUCAAAGGAAUUUACGUUUUCAUCCUGGUCUAAAUGUUGGCUUAGGACGUAAUGGAACCUUGUUCGCGAUAAUUCCCGGUAAAGUUAUGGUCACAUGUGAGAAAGUUGAUCUAAACUGGGAUCACACAUGGGUGCAAAGAUGCCAUGGAUUCAGGGAGGGCACAGAAUUCUACAAGAAAUAUUUCAAUAUUAUCCCUGAGAAACAACACCAAAAUUUUAAAUUAAUAGAUCAGAUUUAAGUUGUUAUUGUUAGUUUGGUAGAAUAAAAUUGUACAGUUUUA